AUGCCCUCGAUUAAUCAGUACACGGCUGAGGAUGGCUUGCGUUGGGAGCGCUAUGCCGAAGCCGUCCGUCGCUGGCUCAACAACGAGGGACCACACCCCGGUGAAGCCCCGGAAGGCUACAACGAGGUGUUCCGUCGCCGCCAGCAGCGAUACGCGCCGCACCCCGACGACUUCCCGAACUUUCGUCCGGCCCCUUACGCACCUGCCAUGUCAACCGCACCGGCUAUGAUGCCCCCUCCACAGCCGGGAACUGUCACCAGCCCCGGCGUCGCCAUGUCUGAAGGCGCCUUCGGUCAUCUUCUCCAGCACCAGAGUACCUGGAUUGAGAAGCUA